CGUUUCAUCCAGGGUGACGCCAGCCCCCUCUCUCUCUCUCACCCCGCCCCAGUCAACUCAGUCCGCGCUGCGUUCAUUUCAUUCCUGCUCCCAUUCCGCGCAUAUUUCGCAUCCUUGGAGAGACGCUGCGCAUUUUACGCACCGCGCGCGCCCGAAGCCUUUCCGUCACAGCGGAGCCGAGCGGACGAGACGCUCAGGAGUUUGGACCGAGGUUCUACCGGUGCCGCGGCGACUCGGAUCCGUGGGAAAGCGUGGGGGAAUUAAAAGCGUAAAAGAGGCGUUUGGAUCGAGGUUUUCGUCUGACGCUGGGUUCUGCUUCUUCUCAUCCUUCCUGGUGGUCUCCAUCUCCGUCUGCCUUCGAUCAACCAUCAGAUUUCACUUUUUCCCCCUUUGGAGCAAAUUAUUCCUGAUUUUUUUUAUUUUAAAUAAAUCAAAGCUUGAAGUUGCUCAGCGGCACAUCGGCUGGACGGUUCAGCAGCCAGCAUGGAGCGCAGCAGCUGGAGUGGCAGUGAGAGUCCAGGGGAGGACUUGGACAGACUGAGUGACUCAGGAGGGGACAAGACCAUGGAUGGGGACCCCGAGGGGGUCUGGAGCCCGGACAUUGAGCAGAGCUUCCAGGAGGCCCUGGCCAUUUACCCGCCGUGUGGGAGGAGGAAGAUCAUUCUGUCGGAUGAAGGGAAGAUGUACGGUCGAAACGAGCUGAUAGCCAGAUACAUCAAACUGAGAACGGGGAAGACGCGGACGAGGAAACAGGUAUCCAGUCACAUCCAGGUCUUGGCUAGAAGAAAAUCCAGGGAGUUUCAGUCCAAACUAAAGCUGUGGCAGGGGAUGAUCCCAGGAGGACAGUCCAGCUCCGUCACAGAGGACAUCAAGCCGUUCUCCCAGCAAGCCUACUCUGUGCAGACGUCAGGGACCACCACAAUCGCAGCCUACGAGCCCCCCGCCGCCGCCCAAACGCACAGAGAGCCGGCGUGGCAGGGUCGCUCCAUCGGCACCACCAAACUACGACUGGUGGAGUUUUCAUCUUUCCUGGAGACACAGAGGGAUCAGGAGGCAUACAACAAACACCUGUUCGUGCACAUCAACCAGAGCAGCCCGAGCUACAGCGACCCACUGCUGGAGUGUGUGGACAUCCGGCAAAUUUAUGACAAGUUCCCAGAGAAGAAGGGCGGCCUGAAAGAGCUCUUCAGCAAAGGACCGCAGAACGCUUUCUACCUGAUCAAGUUCUGGGCGGACCUGAACUACAACGUGCAGGACGACCCCGCGGCGUUCUACGGCGUCACCAGUCAGUACGAGAGCUCAGAGAACAUGACCAUCACCUGCUCCACGAAGGUCUGCUCCUUCGGCAAGCAGGUGGUCGAAAAGGUGGAGACGGAGUACGCGAGGUUUGAAAACGGACGUUUUGUCUACAGAAUCAGCCGCUCACCCAUGUGUGAAUACAUGAUCAACUUCAUCCACAAACUCAAACAUUUGCCUGAGAAGUACAUGAUGAACAGCGUGUUGGAGAACUUCACUAUUCUGCUGGUGGUGAGCAACAGAGACACUCAGGAGACGUUGCUGUGUAUGGCAUGUGUGUUCGAGGUGUCCAACAACGACCACGGAGCGCAGCACCACAUCUACCGGCUCGUCAAGGAAUAACGCACACACCCGCCCUUAGAAACACACAAAUAUGGCCUUUGCUUAGUUACAACUGGUAACGCUGCAAGACAACAAUAGUUCUGUGCAAAAAAACAAAGAAGUCCUGAAAUUUACCAAAACUUCAGCUGGUGCAGAAAGGACGUGGCUGCAUUCUUAAACAGAUGAUAACCUAACGCUCCGAGGGGAGUGUCAAACACAAAAAUAUCAACAAUCAGAAACUGGUUAGCUGUAAAAGAAAAGACGUCACGUCUCACGUAAAUUUCUUCAACUUGAAUUACAUUUAUACGGAGGACCGAAACGGAUGUAAUUAGAAAUGAAAGCAGAAAUAUAUAAAUGGAUCAACAAAUAAAAAAUACACCUAAAAUGCAUUAAUUAAAUAAAAAAA